AUGGACAACGAGUUUACCGAUCGAACUCAAGUAGUAUAUACGCCUGACUACAGCUACAUUCUUCACCGGAUCCGUGCCCGCCCUGGUAUGAAGAUAAUCGAGGCUGGAGCAGGGAGCGGCAGUUUUACACACGCUUCCGCCAGGGCCGUUUAUAAUGGCUAUCCUAAAGACGCACACGAUGCGAAGGGCAAAGUUUUCAGUUUCGAGUUUAACCAAGAUCGAUAUCAGAAGAUGCAAAAGGAAAUUGAAGAGCAUCGCUUAGAUGGAAUAGUUCAGAUUACCCACAGAGAUGUCUAUAAUGAUGGCUUUCUUAUCGAUGGCGAAAGUCCCGGAGCUGAAUGUAUCUUCCUCGACCUUCCGGCACCUUGGAAGGCACUUCCUCAUCUAGCAAGAAGUAGGCCAACACCGUCUCAACUCUCAAGUAGCGGGUUAGACAAUCUUGAAGAUACUGGAUCUGAAUGGAAAUCCCCACUUCGUCCGGAUCGGACUGCCUAUCUUUGCACUUUCUCCCCGUGUAUUGAACAGGUUACUAGGACCAUUGACGUCAUGCGCCGCUUAGGCUGGAUGGAAAUCGAAAUGGUUGAAGUUGCACAUAGGAGGAUAAAUGUCAUGCGAGAGCGGAUUGGGUUAAGCUUACCUGCGGGUGACCGAAACGCCAGCCAGACAGCUGCAAAUGUUGCAGAGGCUAUCGCCAAGUUACAGGAAGUCGAAGGUCGAAUCAAUAAUUUUCGCGGCCAAUCUCGUGACAACGAUGUUGAGAUGGGUGAAGAUGAUGAAGCAACGGCCGAUAGCAAUCCUAUCGACAGCAAUAAAAUAUCUAUGCUAGGUAAUGAAGCCGAAAGUGCUCAAUCGGUUAAACCCUGGAUGAUAGGGAGAGUGAUACAUCGGACGGAACCCGAAAUCAAGACGCAUACCUCAUAUCUCGUCUUCGCACUACUGCCGCAGGAAUGGACAGAAGCGCAGGAAGCGGCAGCUUUUGAAAAUUGGCCAUGUGGUAAGGAAAGCAAGGUUAUUGGAAAAUUAGAUAAGGAAGCGCGGAAACAAGAGAAGCGAGAAUUACUCCAGGGAAAGAAGAGGAAGAAGGAUACUGAUAGCAGGUCCGAAGCUGAGCGCCCUCUACCAAAGAAGAGUAAAACGCCAUAG